GUAAAAAAAUAUGAACAAAAAAUCCAAGGGCCAAGAAACCCAAGAACGGACGUUAAAUCGUAUAUAUAUGUUUGUUUGGGCUAUACAUUCAAAUAAAAGUAAACAAUAAAUAAAUAUGUUCACACAAGACAUAAUUUAGUGAUCAAAAUUCCCAUAAUAACCAAUACAACCGAUUAAUUAAUUAACUUGAAACAAGUGUCACGCCGUUCAUCAUAAUUGAUAUGUUCUCUAGAGAAUUUAACUGUUACUUGAACGCACCAACAGCUAGGCGGAAAGCUGCGUGUGUUAACAACGUUCCAAUACUUUAUGAGCAACCUGUGUAGUAACAAUAUUAUGGAUAGAUUACUGUAAAAUAGAUAUUAGUUGGAUUAUAUGAACAAAGUUUGUUUGGUUUACUUUGGAAACAUAAGAAGAAUAAAAGGUCUUCACACUUUCAUUGUUUAUAUUUCGAAACGGAUGUACGAAGUGAGAAUGAAAAAGAAGAGGAACGGGGCCGAAAAACAAACUGCUUGCAUAAAGCCACCGAGAACAAACAGUGCUUCCGGUAUGGGUAACGCCUUCUUGACCAACUGGUGUAGCGUUAGUAUAUUUUUAAGUAAUAUAAAUCAGCCCAAUAAAACUUAUUAUUAUGUAAAUAUGAAUUAGUAAAUCUUAUUUCCACCGUAUAUAUUAAUGACCACGCGGAUCUGUACAAGAGUACAAAUUAACAUUCGCACUUUUAAUUUGAAGGAACACUCGUCUUCAUACUAUCUAUUGUUACCACCCGGUAACUUGAAACAACUGUCGCCGCCAUAACUUCAGUUAAACGUUAUUCUCUGUAUGUUUUGCGCAGGAUAAUUGCACAAAGCUCCCACGGUGGCGUUGUGAUGUAGGAACCACUAAGCAUCGUAAAGGAUUGCCUCACGGAACAUAAUUGCAGACACACAGUUUGAAACUGCAAACAUGCCUCGACCUGCUGGAAACAAGCUGUCUCCAUGGAUCGAGAAUCUGAUCCUCAGCUACGGCAGCCAGGAGGGGAACAGCGGCAGCGGGCGGCUGAAGGCCCAUGUCAUCGGCGUGGGUCAGAUGUCUCAGUCCCAGGCUCAGAGCUCCGAGGGCCCUAUAGGGCUCCUCUUACUCUCCGACGGGGUGCUCCAGAUCCCCGCCAUUCUGACCGCAUCAGCCUGGGAGCAUCUCCAGGAGCAGGAGGACCGCGAGUGUUUCACCAGCCUGGUCAACACCACCGUGCGCAUCCAGGACUACCGGCUGCAGUUUCACAUGGCCCGCGAACAGAAUAAAUGCAGGUUCUUUUUAUCAGUUGGAGAGCUGGCUACGAUGGCAGCCGGCCCAGUUAAAGACAGCACCCCUUGUUGCAGGACCAUGCCCUCCGUCAGGAUGAAGAUCUGUAAGACAUGGAGGGCUAUGUUGGGCCAGGAGUGGCAGGACUCCCAGAGGAACCAGUGCGGGUUUGAUCUGUCAGAACUGCUGUGGGAGUGGCAGCAUGACUAUGUGCAGGAUGUGCUGGAGGACGUCCGGGAGAGGCUGAUGGUAGCCAGCAGCUGUCCUGUGAGCUCGCAGCCCUCCACCUCCGUGCUGACCCACCCAGACACAUCCACCGCCACAAGCUGGGAUGUCGACAGGGUCAGAUAUAAGGACGUGAAAUGUUUCAGUGUCCCCAUAAAGUUUCUUCUCAUCCCAGAUGAAGAUGCUCAGCAGCUGCAAACACCACCUAGAGCUGGAAGCAGGACACCAAGCAGGAGUCCUGCUGCCUCUGAGGACAGACAGAGAGAUUUACCACAAGUCUGCAAAACUCCAGAGACUGCACAGCCUUCUGUUGGUGAUGCAGAGGGGCAGAUCGCCAUGCCAGCCGUCACAGAUAGAGAGAACUCACUUCUUCCUUUAGAGGACUGUAUGCUACAUGAGGACAUAGUGAUUGACAGUGACACUGAGCUUUUAGCCAAUCCUUGGGACAUUUUUCCUCCACCAUCUGUCACCUACUCUUCCUCUGAUGCAUCCCCCGAAGCAACACAGACAAACACACUGCCCGCCACUGCUAAAUCCAAGGCUGAUCACGCUGCAGUCUUAACCAGCACACAACUUCCUGUCCACAGCUCGACGGAAUCCCAGCAGACAUCAGAGCGCAGCAAAGGAGAACAGAGCUACUUCCCACCGUACCAGAAGCUGCCACACUCCACUGGUCUCCCUGCCACUGCCGGUUCCUCAACUUCAGCUUCUGUGAGUCCACCAGACCUCGUUUCCAGACCGUCAAACCUGUCACCUGCCGCAGUCCAACACUGCACUGAAAGAGCACAACGGAAUCUUUCUACUUUGGACAUGGAGGAGACUAUUGAGAGAAAAUAUAGAAAAGCAAAGAGAAAGAGAAGCGAGCCAACACCAGAAGCACUUCGCACCUUAGUGGAGGAGCAGACGGAGGAAGCUCAGAUCAGUGGGAUACCUCCAUCUUGGCUCUUUGACACGCAGGCCGGAUCUGGUGCUGGGGAGGGCAGCAGUCAUACUGCAGCAACUGUCAUGAGAAAAACUCCCACUGUUCACAGCAACGGCCGGCCGUUCUCUUACUCUUACCAAGUGUCUGGGCAGAAUCUGCAGGAUUUCAGUCGGUUCAAAAUGGCUGAAUCAUUGCUGCUCUGGGCCGUGAAGUAUCUUGUUGUUCCAAAGCAAGCAGAUGAUCCACAUAACGUGUCAGUGGCUCCUGACAAUACCGAGGUCAAAUAACUGUAGGUUCACAAUGUUGAAAGACAGUGAAGAUGGUCUGUUGUUGUUCUCAACAUGUUGAGUGUUUCAGUCUCCUCUAACCAAGCGCUGACUCAUGUUUCAGUACCAGAGCAGCUCUGUACAGAUGAGGCUUGAGUCUGUUUUGUAUGGUUUGUCUUCAGCACUGAAAAAUGUAUAGUUUGUAAAAAAUCAAAAAAUAAAAUAGUGGUACAUUUUCACUCUAAAAGUUUGAAGUUUGUCCAGCAUACAUAACAAAGACAAGUUCAUUUGCUGUUUAACUAAACCAGAACAUUAAAAAGAAAAAAUGA